AUGCAAGACGAGCUCCAACAGCAAUUGCAAGCGCAGCUACAAGAGUCUCGGAUGGAGAGAGUGCAGCACAAGAAAGAACUCUCUUCACUAGCGGAGUCACUUGUGGCGAAACUACAUACGACAAAAGAACAUGCAGUGGAAGAUAUCGAGAAAGGGAUCGGUAUGCUCAAAGCCUUGAUGGUUACUCCACAACUUGCCGGAGCCCUGUGGCCGGCUAGGGCAUCCCAGCCAAUGGGUGAAGUCGAAAACCACUCUCCGGCAUGCCUUCAGCAAGUGACUGUGAGGAAUCGCGAGCUACAGGGCCUUGCUGAACAACUCAAGCACAAAGCUAGUGACUUUGGGAGGGCAAUGGGCGUGUUUUGCUCCGUCAUCUUCUUUGAUCCCCGCCAAGGUAAAAUGGAAGCGGCGGUGCACAUGCCAGUAGGCCAAGUUUUGCCAGGUGCUACUGAGCUUUAUUUGCAGCUAAGCCAGAUGUAA